ACGGUCUUUCACUCUGACCAAAUGUCAUUUGGGAGACCACCAUCCAUAAACGUCGGGUUCAAAACUUCUCCUCCAGACCGUGGCUCCUUUCCUCUUGAUCACGAUGGCGAAUGCAGGGAUGCCAUGUUGUCAUACAUGGCAUGCUUGAAGAAGAACUCCAGUACUUCCAGCCCAUGUCGAGACCUGAGCAAGCAUUACCUCGAGUGCCGAAUGAAAAAUGGGUUGAUGGAACGCGACGAAUGGAGGAACCUUGGACUCGCCAAUGUGGAUAAAAAGAGUACAACUGCUAGCACGACAUCAAGUACAGAUGAAAGCAAUAGAAAAUGACCACUUGAUGAUUGAGGGGUAGACAAAAUAGAAUAAGCCGUUUGCUAGACACAUUCAGCAAUGCUUUAUUCUGGUCUCGUUCCUUUAUGUGAAUUAUCGCAUAUCAUGACUCUCAUCUAAUCUCAUUGCUACGGUCCGAUGAGCAACUUAUGCCGCUCGUA